CGAAAGAAAAACAGAAAGAAUGAAAAUCCAUAUUCUCAAAUUACUCAAAUUAAAGAAUAAAGACCAAAUCUUCAAGGUAGGAGUGCCAAUUACACAAAGAUUGGUUUUUAGCCAUGGUUUUACUCUGCCCAAUGACUUAAGCUUGACCAUUUAGCUUGUGGAAGAGGGAACAACAUCAUCACCCCAUUCCAGUGUAUUUCCCAAGAAAUUCACAAGACCAACUCAAAGAAAUCCAUGACUAAGACCAAGCCCAAGCAAUAGUAGUCUAGGUAGGCACAUAAACCAUCCUCAUAGUUAAGCACAUGACAUAUAUACAUUUGUGAGAUAACAUAAACAUAUCAUGACAUCCAAGAAUUCCAUCAUCCAAAGGCUAAUCCACAGCCCAGGUAGAAGGUUCCAUGGUCAGCACCAGUAGAUCCCAAGCAGUAACAAAAUCCAGUAGCAAAAUCCAGUAGUAGGUGCAAUUUCAACCUGUACGCAGCACCUGUACGCCAACUAUGAGCAUCAGCAGGUCCUCCAGACAGUAGCUCAGUGGUUGCAGCAGGAGCACAGCAGCGCCAUCAUGCAACAGGUCCUCUGGUUAUUGCACAGCAACUCCAAGUUCCGCGCAGCAGCAGCUUCAAAGCAAUUCCAAAGCAGCAAAACAAACCCGAAGCAGAAAGAGACCACCAUCUCCUUUAAGUUGGAAGACCAAAAUCAGGGACCAAUGUAUGAAAGGAACGGGUAGUGGUAGACCAAACCACAGCAAACAGAAGUCACCCAGUGCAAGGGACAAGUUGGUCUGCCAGCAACAUAUGUGUGCCAUCCCAUCCCUCAAGAAGACUGAGUUCAGUAAACAAACAGCACAAUGGAGUAUGCUAUUCGAAAAUGGCAGCACUGGAGAUCAUGAUUUGCCAACAGCAGCUUUGGGUGGCUCUCCAACGAAGUAGUCUAGCCAAACCCAGUGAUGCCACAGAAAACCAUUCCACGUAGCUGGUUGUGUCCUAUUUCUCUUAACAAUACCAUUACAGCUUCAUGAACAAACACUACAAGAAAUAUGUCCUUUAAUGAGAGUAAAAGCUGUAGUUAAAGAAACAAAAAACCUUCAUUAAAAAGUUUUAAUGAGAGGAAAUUUACUCCUAGAUUCAUAAGUUAUCAAAGAAGCCUACUUAGUUUUUUGUAUAAAUUUAUGGGGGCGGGGGAUUAGAGUUUAAGUAAAAAUAUCCCUGUGUCAGUAAUAUAUAUACUUACUGGAACAUCAUUACCAAUUAAAGACAAAGAAGCAGCAUCAACCUAUUCAGUUACACCGUCAUCCAAAGUUAUCACAGAUUUGCUAGUGGUCAAAACAGCCUUCUCGGUUUCAGGAGACACCAAACAAUCCUUAGUAUUAUCAGGAGGGACAUCCACAGAAGUUAUAUCCUUGGUUGGAGUAUAGGUUCAGAAGCUUCCUUGGACCGUACUGCAAAAGUUGCCUUGUUGGAAGGUGAGCCAUUUCAUUGAACGUGUGCCCCCUCCUAUAUAUGAAGGAUUGAACAAAAUACUCAUUAGAUGUAUCAUUUGACUAAUUCUAAUGAGAAGAAUUUAAAAAAUUUCCCCUCGCUGCUUCUUAGCCACAAAUCAUCAUCAAAACUAAAACGAAAG